CCUUUCCCAGCCUCGGCAGCUCCGCCAUUGAAUCCCAGGCGAAGAGGCGGGGAAGCAUCGCUACCCUUUCGCCGCCUUGCCAAGAGGCCCUCCCGGCGCAUUCCCAAGAAUCCGGGCUGAAUCUCACCUCCGCGAAGAAGGCCUGGCUCCGAAAAAGUCUGGCGGAUUAAUCCGAAGAGAAAAGAAGGGUGAAAAAAGGACUAGAACGGAAAGAGGAGAAGGUUAGGAAGAACCCACCAGGACAGCUUUAACUUGAACAUAUAUGGCUGACCGGCUAGGAUGGCGGGCAUCUCAAGAGACCAAAGGCCAACUGGGCAACGGGACGCAACAGCACUGGGAAUCCCAGUGGCAGGAGUUCCUGAAAACUAUGCAGCCCAUUCACACCAGAGAUGAAAAUAUCUUGGAGGCCAUCCCUUGGGAAGACACCAAGGCCUUCCUGUCCUCCUUCGAGCAAGUGGCCAAAGCCUGUCGGUGGCCAAAGGAAGAGUGGGCGGCCCGGCUUUUGCCCGCCUUGAGCGGAGAAGCAGAGCAAGCCUUUCGGAGCCUGGAAGCUGGAGACAGGGAGGAUUAUGGGAAAGUCAAGGUGGCCAUUUUGCGAGCAGAUGCCCUAAAAAUGGAGGCCCAACGUCAACACUUCCGGCAGUUCUGCUGCCAGGAGGUUGAAGACCCUCGAGGGAUUUACGCCCAGCUCCAGGAGCUUUGCAGUCGGUGGCUGAAGCCGGAGAGACGCAGCAAGGAGCAGAUCCUGGAGCUGCUGGUCCUGGAGCAAUUCCUGGCCAGUCUUCCCCAAGACCUCCAAGUCUGGAUCCAGGCCGGAGGACCGGACAGUUGUUCUCAGGCCGUGGCCCUUGUGGAGGAUUUCAUAAUGAGCCGACAAGUGGAUGAAACGGGGAAAUGGCAGCAGGAACCAGUGAACCUCAAGGAGACGGGUAUGUCUUUGCACAUGGUGGACAAGACCCAGACCCAGCCUGGACAACAGACCAUGUUUUGGCAAGUUCUGCAGGAGGACGUUGGGAGCCGGCCUGCUUCAGGCGAGAAGAGAAUUCUGGUCAAGACAGAGGAGCGUGGCUUAGGGGACAUUCAUGUCAAGUUGGCAGAAGAACCUGCCAGAAACCUGCUGGUGGCAACUGAUAUUCCUGGUGAUGGGAAAGAACUUGAGCUCAAAGUGAGAAAUCCCUACCAUGCAGGAGAUCAAGCGGAAGAAAUAUCUCAGACGAUCCCAUGUAUAAUCGAGAGCGAUGUGCCGAUAACAACAGAGGUCGAAGAACCAAGGUGUACUUCCCGAAAGCAGCAGUGGAGGAAACCAGUGAAUGGGAACCACGAAUCCAUCUCCCCAGGUGUCAGGAGUGAUAUUUUGGAGCAUCCCCGACCCAAAACGCCCCUGGCCUCCAAAUACGUGAGACGGUUUGAAUGCCCGGAUUGUCGGAAGACCUUUUCCUCGACCAAAAUCCUCAAGAUCCACCGGCGGAUCCACACGGGCGAGAGGCCGCACGAGUGUUCCCAUUGCGGGGAGCGUUUCACCCAACACGGGCACCUGCGGCGCCACCAGAGGCGGCACACGGGAGAGAGCCCCUAUGAGUGCCCCGAGUGUGGGAAGAGCUUUUCGCGGAGAGACACCUUGCUGGAGCACCAGAGGAUCCAUACUGGGGAGAGGCCCUAUAAGUGCUCCUACUGUGGGAAGGGCUUCUCCAAGAGCAUCACUCUGAAACGGCACCAGAUACUUCACAUCGAGGAGGCAUAUUUUGGACGUCUCCAAUAUGGAGAACACUUUGCUCACAUGGGAGAAUUGGUCAGCCAACACAGAAUGCACAUUGCACAUUAACUCUGUUACAUCCUGUGGUUUUUGGUUUCAACUGCCUUUUUGCAAAUCUAGUGUGGUUUUUUUUUUUUUUUGUCAGGAGUGACUUGAGAAACUUCCAAGUCACUUCUGGUCUGAGAAAAUUGGCUGUCUGCAAGGAUGUUGCCGAGGGCAAGCCCAGAUGUUUUUGAUGUUACUUUUUACCAUCCUUGUGGGAGGCUUCUCUCAUGUGCCCACAUGGAGCUGGAGCUGACAGAGGGAGCUCAUCCGCUCUCCCCAGAUUUGAACUGGCAACCUUUAGGUCAGCAACCCAAUCUUCAAGUUAGCAUAAGGGUUUAACUCAUUGCGCCGCCGUGGGCUCCUAAAUCGAGUGCUGAACAGCUCUUCUUUUGGAACAUGAACUCUUCCAUCAACUAUCGGCAAGUAGUAUAGAUUCCAGAGCAAUAAGGAAACAUUCGGUGCUGAAUAUAGGUGUCAUUCCACUCCAAGACUUCAUUCUGUGCCAAACCUUAAUGGCUGUAAGAUAAAGCUUAUUGGUGGCAAAUGAUGGUACACAGCUGAGGAAUAUUUAGCCCCUUCCUUGGUAGGAUCCAGCAUCCCUUUGCAGACAGACAGUGGAGUUCUUUGGAUCCUUAAAAAGACAGUUCUUGGUUGGCAAUCCAAUUCCCCAUAACUGGCUAUGGGGACUAUGGAUGAACCCAACUGGAGUUGCAGGUGAUGAUAGACACCCAAAGGUUAUGUAUCAUGUAGUGAAGGAGCAAGCAAAGAACAUCAAAGUGUGCAAGUAUGACCUGACUCACCCCAGUCAUAAAAACAGGAAAAUUCACUCCCCAAUUCUUUCUGAGCCUUCAUUUCUUCAACCUGUGAAGCCAACCCCCCAAAAGUUGAUGAUUCAAAUUAAACCUUCUUAUACCAAGAUUUAUUGUUUGGUGCUGAGGCUAACUCUAGCAGAGGGUGGGUGGUCAUCUCUCGGGAGUGCUUUGAUUGUGUGUUCCUGCAUUGCAGAAGAGGGUUGGACUCCUUUGGAGUCUCUUCCAAUUCUGUGAAUCUGAUUUCUAUGAAAACCAUCCUGGCUGCUGUCAAGAGUCCCGGCUUGUAAACAGGAAGCAGACCUUUGUUUUCUGAUGAGCUGAGAAAAUAUAGGAAAUGCAGUUCUGGAUCAUCGUUAUUUCUUCAAACCAAGGGUAUUUUUUAGCCAUUAGCGGUGGUUUUCUAUUUGGCAAACACCUAUUUGAUGUGGAAAUUUCAGUCAUAUUUUUUUCAGAAGUGUCCUCUUAAUUUUUUCUGAAACCAAGAGUAAUUUAUCUGUCUACAUUUUUGUAGAAAAAAACCCUGCUCUCUCUCCUCUAUUUUCCUUUGUUUGAUGCAUAUUUCAAACAGGACCACUUGAGAGUGCAGUCAGUUUUUCCACUUGCAAAUUUGGCAAAGGAAAUCAAAGCCAAGACAACUUUGGCUUCCAACUUUGUGUACUUACAUGGUGUUCUGUAAUCCCCAGGUAGUUGUUUUGUAACUUUGAUUGUACUAGCUUUUCCAUUGUUGUUAUUGUUACAUUCCUCCAAAUGGAUUUAAAGCUCUACCCACCAUAUCAUAAAGUUUUCUUGGCAAGAUUUGGUAGUAUGUGCCCUUCCGCAUGCUACCAAAUUACUUUCCAUUUUUCUUUGGCAUCCUUUUCAAAAUGCCCCCUGGAAGUGAUGCUGCAUCAUUUGUUGUCAAAGGCUUUCAUGGCCGAAAUCACUGGGUUGCUGUUAGAUUUCCGGACUGUAUGGCCAUGUUCCAGAAGCAUUCUCUUCUGAGGACGCCUGCCAUAGAUUUGGUCAAAACAUCAGGAGAGGAUGCUUCUGGAACAUGGCCAUACAGCCCGGGAAACUCACAGCAACCCGAUAUUGCAUCAUAUUUGCCCACCAUUUUGAGAAGGGCUUAAUUGAAAACAGUCUUGUUUGGGAAAUGUUAGGGAGGAAUGGGAAGGGAGUUCUGUAUAGUUUUGGGAUGAAGAUCAGAAAAUCGGAAUAAUUUUUUUAAAGUUGAAUAAGAGGAUUGAAAGGGACAUGUGGCAGGAAGCUUCAAGGACCACAAAAGUGGGAUUCAAGGGCUGCAUGUGGGCCAUGAGUCACCGCUUUCCCCUCCCAUUAAAUUAGACGUAGCAAUAGGAGUUGAAUUGAUAGUUAUUGUAGAAAGGACUAGGGAGGCCCAUUCCUUAUAGUGGCUUUAUGUAUUUGUACCUAGCGUGUAUUUUUGUUACGGGUUUUUACAGUUUUAAAGUCCAUGAACUUUGAUCUGUGUUGUUUUUUGCAAGCAGGUCCCUCCCUAAGGCUUUUUUGGAGACGUGGGACUUUUUUGGAAAAUUGUACAUGUGUUGUGUUCGGUUAUGGAACUUGGUGUAUUGUUUUUAAUCUGAGCCUCCAAAUGCAUUGCAAUGAUGUCUGUAACAUUCCUUUAUAAAGUAGACCAAGAAAAUGUA